CCAAAACAUAACCUUGUGACGUAUGCCUUCUGUUCGACCGAGCUUCCUCAGCGGAACGCUCACGCCGUUCCUUUAUCCGGCAUUCACCGAAUCGACACUCCUCGCUGUUUCGCGUAGAUGUCCGUUGCAUAGGCGAUACCCACCAGCACGAUGUAGCUCUACAGGUACCGAACAAUCGGACUACUCACGACUCGACCCCACCCCAGAUGAUUACUCGCUUACGCCCUUCGCCGAUCGAACGAUUCUCACCUUGGAAGCUGGUGCUGGCGGUCAUGGCUGCGUCUCGUUUCUGCGCGAGAUGUACACCCCAGAAGGGCCUGCGAAUGGCGGCGAUGGAGGCAGCGGAGGCAACGUAUACAUCCAGGCGGUGCGUGGUGAAACCUCGCUGCACAAGCUUGCUCGAAGACGUCUUAUCAAAGCUGGAAGAGGCCGAAACGGGCAGGGCAAGGUGAAGGGUGGCGAAAGGGGCGCAGAUGUCCUCAUUAAAGUGCCAGUGGGGACUAUCGUGCGCGAGAUACAAAGACACGACCCUGUUGAAGUUCUUCUCAAAGAGGCCGAGGAGGCUGAGAUGCAGCGCGAGCGCGCGGAAGCAAAUAGCGACGUGGUGGAAGAGGAGGGUGGUUAUAAGAAGGAUCGAUGGCUGGUCUAUCCUGGAACAGUGCCCACCGAACUGAAUAGGAUGAAGUUUCCUCAGCUUCCAAAGCCUCGACGGUCACAUCUCGCCGCUCUCGAGCCGCAAUCGCCGAUAUGGCUCGACCUCGACAAGCACAUGGAGACGCCCAUGCUCCUCGCAGCCGGUGCUAUGGGUGGUCUGGGCAAUCCCAACUUCAUGACGCCCUUCAACAACAGACCGAAGAUGGCGACAAAAGGAGAAGAGGGCCUCAAGAUCUCAGUUCAGCUGGAAUUGAAGAUUCUUGCAGACCUUGGACUGGUCGGUCUUCCAAACGCAGGAAAGAGUACCCUCCUUCGGGCUCUGAGCAACAGCCGUGCUCGAGUAGGUAACUGGGCCUUCACAACGCUUCAGCCAAAUGUUGGCACCGUCGUUCUCGACAACCACAAAGGUCGACCACUCGUCAUGAAGCGCAACAAGCAUGGCGAACUCCGCGAAAGCUUCACGAUCGCCGACGUGCCUGGACUCAUCGAGGACGCACAUCUUGACAAAGGUCUUGGUCUUGGCUUCCUCCGUCACGUAGAGCGCGCUGCUGUCUUGGCGUUCGUUAUCGACCUCAACGCCGGCGAUGCUGUCCAAGCCCUGGAGCUGCUCUGGCGCGAAGUCUCCGAGUACGAAAUUCUACGUGGCAAGGAGCUCAAUGCCGAAACAGAGCGUAGGAUGGUCAUGUACCGCCCUGCCGGCAGCCUUCAACCAAAGUGCGAAACUGACAUGCUCGACGAACCGGACCUGCAUUCUUCACUAGAACCCCUGCCCUUCCUGACAUCAGAGCCUAUCUCCGCGAAGCCGUGGUUCGUCGUUGCUACUAAAGCGGAUCUGGAGGGUACGCAGGAAAAUUAUGUGAGGUUGCAAGAUUACUUGGCAGACGUCAAGAGUGGCGCGCAGCCGCACCCAAGCGGGCGUGAGAAUGCAUGGAAAAGGGACGUCUCAUCGAUUCCAAUUAGCGCAAUUCAUGCGCAUGGUGUCGAGGCAAUCCCACAGAUAGUCAUGGACCUGCUAGAUGAUUAGAGAGAUGUAAGUGUAUUGUAGGACUAUCACAUCAUUUUUACCACUCCCAGGUCACGGCGACUCACUAAGUAUGCUGGGUAUUCUCAGGGAUAGACUUACAGUUGCAGGGACCGUAUUCUGAUCGAGUUCUCUAGUAUGCAGCUAUUCAAUGAGACUGACUCCCCGUCACAUGAACAUUGAUGGUCCCAAUCGGGUGGUCCCGAUGUCCAAAAAAUCAAACAAAACAAUAAACCCAUCUUCACCAAAACUUGCUAGGACGGUAAGAGCAAAAGGACGACAAAAAACAUACAACAGCGGGUAUUCGCUAGUGGUCACCCACCUAACUACUAAUCCGC